AUGCCGUUCUACGACCCCAGUGCUGCCGCCUACGUCGACCCAGCCACCAACCGAAAAGUGGCCGUAAUCACCGGCGGCGCCGUCGGUCUCGGCUGGUACACUAUUUUACACUUGUACCUUCAUGGCUAUGUCAUCUAUAUGGCGGCCAGAAACCCGCAAAAGGUGCAAAAUGCCAUUGCUAACAUCCAAGGAGAAGCCACGCGGCGAAACUCUCGCCACCCGUUGGGAGAAAUCCACCAUGUGGAGAUGGAUCUCACCCUGUUGAAGCUGGUGGAGCGAGCGGCAGACCACAUUAUCGCCACGGAACCGGAAAUCGACAUUUUGAUCAACCAUGCCGGCAUUUUAGGCGUGCCCCACCAAUUGACCGAAGAUGGCAUUGAUAUCCAGUACCAAGUGCACGUAGUGGGCCAUAUCCUCUUAACCGUCAAGUUAUUACCCAACUUAGAGGCAGCUCCAGCUCCUCGCGUGGUAUUUGUGUCGCUGAUGGCUCAUUUCCAGGCCUACCGUUAUUUUGAUCCCACUGAAGUUAUUGACGGUUCACCGGAAUUAUUUUGGUCUUUAGUCCGCUACGGGCUGGCGAAGACCCACCAGAUCCAUUUCGUUCGAGAAAUGGCGACACGGUACCCGAAAGUGCUCUGGUUGGCAGUGCACCCGGGGCUUGUCGGCGGCACUGAUAUCGUCAACCACAAGAAACUGGCUCCCGGUACCGGCCAGGUGUGGCAGUAUUUGCUGAAGCUCGUUGACCAUACCAUUGGCGUGACUAACGAGCAAGGCCUGGCCUCAAGUUUAAGGGCUGCUCUUGAUGGAGAUUUUCUGGUGGAGAAAGAUAACGGCAAAUACUUAUCGACGGGGGGCCACGAAGGGUGGAUUCUGUGGAUCGCCAGUGACCAGCAGUUUGCCCAGCGGACGGUCGAGUGGAAUUUAGGGCAAUUGCAGCGAAAGGGGUUUAUUACUCUGAAAUAG